AUGUCAAACAAGUGUUUUGUGAGGGUGGAACUAGGGUUUGCCUACUUCCAGGAAAUUCCUUUGCCUUCAACUUUGCUCAUUCAAGAUGAAGAUAGAUCGAAAGAGAUUUUAUUGAUCAGUAACAAUAACGAGUACAAAGUCAGUGGCUUCGUUAAUAAAGACUGGACACACGUGAGGAUUGGUGGUAAUAAUUGGUAUGAAUUUGUGAAGGCUCACAAAUUAAUUCUCAAUCAAGGACUCUACUUUAUUGUGAGGGAAUUAGGGAUUAUGAAUAUUUUUUUGUUUGAUAAAAAUAAUGUUCUCAGCAACAGUCCAACACCAAAUAUGACAUGGAAUCACAUCAACAACAUUAAAGUUCAAAUGACUGUUCCAUCUGAAUUCUGGAGACGACAUAGGAGUAUCCUUACUAAAAACUUGGCUGUCAUAUACACUAAUGCAAUGAUGUAUAAUAUGGAGUUCCAUAAAUCAUACAAUCCACUGCAUUAUAGUAAAAAGGUGUCCCAGUUGAAGAUUGUCGGGAAUUGGAACACACUGAUGCUUGAUAAUCAGUUUCCAAAAGGAAGUGUUCUUAAAUUUAUGCUAGAUGUCGAAAGUGUACACUCCAGAAAGAAUGAUGUAACUUUUUCUAUUUCAGAGAUUUCCUAG